AUGGAAGAUGGUCGCAUCUCGAAUGAAAGCAUCACAGCUUCGUCUAUUUGGCAAACAAACCGAGCUGUUUGUGGCCCAGUCAGGGCCAGACUGAAUACUCAAGGAUUCGCUGCAGCAUGGUGUAACGAUGAAACUACUGAUAACAUCAGUCCGUGGAUACAGGUUGACUUCGAUGGCACAGUCACCAUCACUGGUCUGAUCACCCAGGGGCGUGGAGACAGCCCAUGCGACCAAUGGGUGACGGAGUACCAAGUGACGUACAGCGAAGAUGGUCAGUCCUGGAAUAACGUGACUGAUGCAGACGGCACACCAAUAAAGUUCCCUGGUAACAAGGACAGGAACACCCUGGUAACUACUCGCCUGCCGUUUACCUUGCGCACCAGAAUCCUGCGCAUUCACCCCACUGCUUGGCACGCAUAUUGCAGCAUGAGGUUUGAAGUGAUUGGCUGCUAUUAAGUCAGACUCAUUACAUUGCCGACGAGUGAGUGAAAUGAUUUCAACGUCAAAAGGUAGCUCUGUCGUAGAACAAAACGAAAAUAUUCAUGCUUGUAAAUACCGGCUCUACUCAAAAUUAUUUGGUAGUUUGGAUGAAAUUUGAUGAAUAUUAUUAGCUUUUUUUUCUUAAAAUUUGUGAAUCUAUAUUUCUGAUGCUCUUAAAAUGCAUACUGGUGAAAUCGUUAGUCAAGGUGUACGUGUAGAUAAUUAGCUGAUUGGUAAGACUUUUAUAGAGUGAAAACAAACCCUGGGAGUACACUUUAAAAAAGAAAGGCAAAUCUCCAGGGAAAUCUGGACAGUCGUACAGCAAGGUUGCUUUUUCCUGUGUACUUGAAGGAGUUAAAAAUAAAUUUAGCACAUGAAAACGAAUAAGAGAAAUUGUAUGUACGAAUUUAAGAAAGAAAUUUGCUCGUUAUAAAAAAAUGAAGAAUUAUUAUGUGUAAGUUGC